AUGGCGCGGCCCUCACUCUGGGCAGCCGCUCGUGUGUGGAGCUUGCAGAGAGGCAGCGCGUACCGCUGUGGAGGGCUCCUGCGGAGGAAUGGAGUAAGGAGUGCAGCGAGCACGCAAGACCUGGCGCGGAACCUGGGCGGCAGUCCGUCAGAUCUGCUUGGCGCCCUGGAGCAACUGUCGCCUGAAGCAGCGCAGAGUGCCUUCGGCUCCGACGGAUCAGGCUUGAAGCAAGGAAUGGCUGAGCUUGCACGUAGGCUCCCGCGUGAUGCCGGUGAGCAGGUGCCUUGGGAAUCUACUUGGACCCUUCGCUUAGCAGCGCUCCUUGACCGGCUGGGCGUGCAAGGAGCCAACCCGUGCCUGGCCAGCCGCCUAGGCUAUGCCUUACUGCAGGUGCCGUCAGAUCUGUCAACCCUACUGGAAAGGUGCCACGGCCUGACCAGUCACUAUGUGUUGUCGGUCCUGACUGAGGAGCUGGAGGACCAUUGCAGUGGGCCGAGUGCUACGAUGAACCUCUCCGAGUUGGCACCGCUCCUCCAUGCCCUCGGCACGUCACAAGUCGCAAGAGCGCCUUCUCUCCACGCGCCGCAGCUACCUCUGGGUCCCAAAGUGUUGGCCCGCCUGCGCAGUGAACUGGAGAGGGUUGAGCCUUCAACGCCGACGACGCAGCUGCUGCAGUUGCUGCAGUGCGUGGUUGCUUCUGGGCAGGACAUGCGGGAGCUGACGGCCGCCUUGCCACCACGCGUUCCAAGGAUGACCCUGCCGGAGCUGGCGGCUGCAGCGCCCUUCCUACCUGCUGAGAGCUCAAAAGAUGCAUGGGCGCGGUUGGCAGAGCUGGCAGAGAGUAUCGAAAGUAACGAAAGUUUCGAGCUGGUAUUGACGGCCGCUGGCAUCGCUGGUCUCAAUUCGCCACCUCCAGGCGCACUUUCGGAGCUUGUGCGCCUUGUGGAGCAGUUGGAGCCCAGGGCGGCCUCUGCGCCUCCCGGCUUACAAGCGCAGUUCUUGCUGCUGGCACUCCGCGCACCUCGGCUGGAAGACCCGGACACCGAGAGCUCCGAGAGCUCCGAGAGUACCGAGGCAGCCCGUGAGCACGCCGUGCAAGCCGUGGUGGAGCACGUGGGAGGCCGCCUCGCCGCCGCUGACUUGGCUGGACUCCCGUGGGUGCAGGCGGAGUCACUGCUGCGGGCACUAGCCGGCCAUUCCCAUGAUGACGAGUCGCCGGUGCAGCCCGUGCAGCCGCCACCAGGGCUGGUGGGAGGCCUCGUGGAGGUGUUGUUCGCGGGGGAUCGUUUCGAUCGGACGGUGGCGGAGCUGGCUGAGGUGUUCUUUGCUUUGGCACGGCUGGGAGCCCAGGAUCUCGAAAGCCUCGCGGUGCGGUGCGAUUUGGCGGCAAAGUUGGCGGCUCCUGAAGAACUGGAGCUUGCAGGCUUGAUCCGCCUUUUCUGGGCCAUGGCUGUUGGCCAAGUGCAGGAUCCCGUUGCCUGGCAGCUCUGCACAGAGAGAAUUCAGCAGCAGCAGCAGCAGCCCAAGCGACCCUCUACACAGGUCACGCCUACAGAGGUGCCAAAUGCACUGGCCCGGCUGCGUGCUGAGGCCGAAGAGGCACGACAGCAGCAGCUGCGGCAGCUGCAGCAGCUGGAGCAGGAGGUCCCUCCGGCGGAGGCAAGCAGCGUGGCUCGAAAAGAAGCAAGAACGACAAGAACGACAAGAACGACAAGAACGACAACGACGACAACAACGACAAGGACGAGAAGACCGCCAGGGAAGGACGGAGAAGGAAAGGGCAGGAGCACUGCGGGGCACUCCCCGGACGCGAAGCCGGUACUGAAGGCAUUGGCGCAAAAGCCCGUAUCAGGUUGGCGGCGCAAGGAGGCACAGCCGCUCGCGGAGCUGGAAGUAGGCCGCGCCGUGAGUGGCAAGGUCACAAACUGCUUCAUGAACCGGGUUUGGGUGGACUUUGGGGCUGAACGGGACGGCUGCUUUUGGUCUUCGCGCGCACGAAGUUUCCGCAUCGGCGAGCAACUGCAGAACAUGGCCAUCCUGAAAGUCGACUUGGACAAGGGCUUCGUGACCAUCGCCCCACCGAAGGCUUGA